AGGUUCUUUAAAGAGUAUUUCCAAAGCAUUUGGCUUGAAGCCUUUCUCCAAUUUCAAAGCCACAGCAAUGGCAAUAUACAAGGUGAAAUUGAUAGGGCCUGAUGGUAAUGAGAACGAGAUCGAAGUACCCGAUGAUCAAUACAUUCUUGAUACUGCAGAAGAUGCUGGAAUGGAAUUGCCAUAUUCAUGCAGGGCUGGCACUUGUGGAACAUGUGCAGGGCAUUUGAGUUCAGGAUCAGUAGACCAAUCCGAAGGUUCGUUCCUCGACGAGACUCUAAUCGAGAAAGGCUACGUCUUGACUUGCAUUUCGUACCCGAGGGAAGAUUGUGUUAUUCAUACACACAAGCAAGAAGAACUCAUGAAUUGAGAAACGUUUGAUGUGUAAAAGGUUCCUCAUGAAGGAGGGGCGUGCAGUAGGUAUUUGGGGACAUGCUCAGGGGUAAACAAUAUAUUAAGCAUUUAAGUUUCAUACCAAAUUAAUGCAUAAAGCAGAGAAUAAAUUGGCAA